AUGGUCCAUUUCCCCGGAACGGAAUAUCGAUCGCAUACAUCCUGCAUCAGCGAAGCCCAGAAAUAUCAGGGACAUCUGUACCGGCCCGAGAAAGAGAAGGGCAAGGGCAAACGGAAAUCCAUGAACGGCAACAACGGAGGGAUGGUGCCCAGAGGCGCGUACGUGGAGGAUGCAGUCGACGGAGACGAGAUGAAUGCCGUCGCGGUGAUUGAUGUACCACCCAGGGCACCGACUCCACCGCCUGCUCCGGAGGCUUUGCCAGAGAAUGUCAAUGUGUUUGACUUUCUUGUAAGCGACGCGACCCCGAAGGGAGCUGUCCAGGCGCCGAGUGAGAGGAGGAUGUUGGAGCAUGCCACCCCGUAUGGCAAUGCGUCGCAGUAUUCGCAAUACUCGAAUGGCAAUGGCUCGCAUUACUUGCAGCACGGCUAUUCGUACGGAGACGCGCCUCUGCAGUCCAGCCUCGAUCGCUACGACUCGUGGCACAACUUCGAUUCCCAACAGACGCAAGCGUCCAUGGCCCCUCCUCCCUACGUUACCCCCAAGCCCAGGAAGGAGAAGAAGGACAAGCGUGGUACUGAGAAGAGCGGUAGCAAGAGAAAGCGAAAUGUGGAUGACCUGGAUCUUUCAAGUGUGAAGCGGCCGGUCUCACGAGACGAAGCAAUGACGGAUGCGCCCAUGACUGCUGGAAAGACAUUGCAUUCGGGCCUCACCGGUGGCCUGAGCAAGCUUAUCACUGAUCCAGGUUUCUACGAGGACCGCAUUGAAGCUGGACCAACGCCCAUAAGCCCCAUCAAGCGCAAUAAGCGCGAGAAGGAGGUGAAGGAGGUGAAGGAGAAGGUGAAAGAGGAGCGCAGGAAAUCUUCAUACGUCAGCAGCUGGAAUGGCUCCAAAGCGCCUUCCAGCAAGCACGGGGCCCGCGAUCGCUCUCGGAGCCCCGAAGCCAGCCGUCAUGCCGACAAGCACCGCAGAAGUCAGCGCGAGGCCUCCUUCUCAUCCGAAGACCGGUCACGAGUGAGUCGGCGAAAGGCCAUCGAAUACCCAGACCGGCCAGGCUCAGUCCAACCAUCCUCCAGUAACCAGGUGGUCUCGUACCGAUCUCGCGCCGAACUCUUCCUAUCCUUCAUCAACAAGGGUCCCGAAAGCGAGCGCGGCUGUUCCAUCAACAAGGCCCUCAAACGCUACCACCGCGAGCGAGACGUGAGAGGUGAGGACAAGGAGGAAGAAGACAAGGAACUCUGGAAAUCUCUGCGUCUGAGGAGAAAUUCUCGCGGCGAGACUGUGCUUUUCGUCUGA